GACAAACUUCGUAGUUAGCAGACCAUUUCAAAAUUACAAAAAGAUUAAUUUCACAAAAUAACUGUAAUUUUAAUUGGUUCAUACGGUCUUUCAAAUUAUUGCCUUGCUAAUUUUUAGUAUUAAAUAUUAAAUUAUGGCACCGGUAGAUAGCACACCUAAUAUAAAUUUAAGAAAUUUUGAACUGCAGUAUUCCCUGCUAGCCUACAAUAAAAUUCCUAUUUCGGAAUAUAUUUCGAAAAAAACUGGAUUGACUGUAGUUAUAGCAGAAGUGGACGGACCCGUUGUUAAUGGAUAUUUUUGUUUAGCUACUGAAGCAUUUGAUGAUGAUGGUUUACCACACACUCUAGAACACCUUAUUUUUCUUGGAAGUGAAGAAUAUCCUUACAAGGGUGUACUAGAUUUAUUGGCUAAUAGAUGCUUAGCUUCUGGUACAAAUGCAUGGACUAGUGUAGACUAUACGUGCUAUACAAUGGAAACUGCUGGAAGUGAGGGAUUUUUGUCUCUCAUGCCCAUAUUUUUGGAACAUAUUUUAUAUCCUGUUCUUAGGGAUGAAGCUUUUGUUACUGAAGUACAUCAUAUUACUCCUGAAGGCGAAAAUGGUGGGGUAGUUUAUUGUGAAAUGCAAGGAAGAGAAAAUUCUGCAGAGUCUAGACUCCAUUUGACAGUUGCAAGAAACAUGUAUCCAGGAAAGUGUGGUUAUUCCUCUGAAGUAGGUGGAAUUAUGAAGAAUUUAAGGGAAUCGACAAAUAAUGAAAAAGUGAAAAGCUACCAUAAAGAGUUCUAUAGACCUGAAAACCUGAAAGUUAUCAUCACAGGUCAAGUGAACUACAGUGAUGUCUUCAAGGCCUUAGAGAAGUUAGAAGAUAAAAUAAUUUCCAAGGGUCCACUAGAACCUUUCCAACGCCCCUGGCAGAGCCCAGUACCACCCAUAACUGAUGGUUCUAAGGACUUGGUUAUUAAAUAUCCUGCUGAUGAAGAAAACAAUGGUUUAUUUUGUAUUGCUUGGAGAGGGGCUUCUAGCAUUAAGGAAUAUUAUUUAGUUGAGGCCACAAUGCUUCUUUUGAAAUAUCUUAAUGACUUUUCUGCGUCACCUUUGCCUAAAGAAUUUGUUGAAAUUGAUGACCCAUAUGCAAGCAAGGUAUCUUACAAUGUAAGCGAAAAUUCGGAAAUCUGUUUAUAUAUUAUCCUGGAAGAUGUUCCUGUUCAAAAGUUACCAGAAGUAGGACCCAAAAUAAAAGCAACUUUAAAAAAAAUUUUAGAUGAAAAAUUAAUCGACAUGGAACAAUUACAUAGCAUCAUUAACAAGUAUAAAUCGGAGAAUUUGAGUAGUUUAGAAAAUUCUCCUCAUGAUACUAUUGCAUUUAUGGUUGUAGGUCAUAUGCUUUAUGGUAAUUCAAGAGAAGAUUUGCAACAGCGAAUAAAUCCAUUGACUGAUAUUGCGAAACUACAGAAAGAACCGCAAUCUUUUUGGUUAGAAAUUUUGGAUAAAUAUUUUGUAAAUAACACAUCUCUAAGUGUUCAGUGUGUGCCUAGUAUACAGGAACAACAAACAAUGGCGAAAGAAGAAAAAGACAGAAUUGCUCUUCAAAUACAAAAAUUAACUGAAGAUGGUUUAAAAGAGAAAGGUGAAAUUUUAGAAAAAGCUAUUGAAUUCAAUGAAAGGGAACCUCCUGGUGACAUGAUCACCUCAGUGCCUAUUCCAAGUUUAAAUUCUAUUAAGUUCCAUAAUAUUACUAGGUUUAAGAGUGAUGCAGAACCAAAUCAGAAGAUAAACUUAUCAGUAGCACCAGUUUUUACAUAUUUUGAUCAUCUAAAAACAAAUUUUGUUUAUAUAUUUGCAACAUUGGACACAUCUCAAGUUCCAUCCGAACUUAAAAUGUACUUACCCCUAUUUAUAGAAUCGCUCUUACAACUGCCUCUAGAACGUGACGGCAAAAUCAUUUCCUACGAAGAUGCUGUAUCUCAAUUAAAUGAUGACACUGUAAGUACUUCAGUGUCUCUAGGAUUACAACGAAACGGACUGUUUGUGUGCGGAAGUUAUUCUUCAACUGUCACGCUGAUGCUUCAAGUUGAAUCAAUUAAAUAUGAGAUCGGCAUGAAUUGGUUAAGAGAAUUAUUAUAUAAAACAAUAUUCACGCAAGAAAGAUUAAAAGUGGUAGCUAAUAAGAUAAAUAAUUCUGUAGCGCAGUAUAAACGCAGUGGCAGAAGCGUAGUGGGUUAUGUAAUGAAAGGAAUGCGAUUUUCUGAAGAAAGCAAUAUUUUAAAGAAUGGAGUGUUGCAACAGAGCAAAUUUUUAACAGAAACAAUUAGUAAAUUAGAUGGCGAUACCCCUAAUGAAGUAUUAGACAAAUUAGAAAAGUUAAGGAACAUUGUUACUGAUCCGUCAAAUGUGGUUUUAUAUUUGGCUGGAAAUUUGAAUCUUUUGAAAAAUGCUUCUGAACCAAUUAUUAAUUUUCUACCUCCGAAUAUUACGGUUAAAGAAAAACAAAAACCAUUAACUGUAACGCCUGAUUCUAAAUUCAAAAAGGAAUUAAUUGAUCCAUCACAAGGAUGCAUUGUAGGAUUGGGAUCUUUAGAAUCUUCAUUUUUUAUUCAAACCACUUCAAGUAUAUCGUCUUAUGAUGAUCCUGAUUUACCGGCUUUAAUGUUAUAUUUACAGUACUUAAUCCAAACUGAGGGACCAAUGUGGAAACAAAUCCGAGGAAAAGGUUAUUCUUACAAUUAUAGAAUGUUAUUGAAAGUUCAAGAAGGUUUGCUAUAUUUGGUGUAUGGAAGAGCAACAAAUGUCGUAGGCGCUUAUAAAGAGACCAAAGAACUUAUUUUUAAACAACUACAACAAAAAGAAUGGGAUCAAUCUUUGUUGGAUUCUGCAAAAAGUUCAAUUACAUUUGAAAUAAUUGAUGAAGAAAAAACUAUCGGGGAUGUUGUUAAUUUAUCUUUUACUUCCUAUUUUGAUGGCGUAGAUUAUACUUUUAACAGGACUUUAUUAGAUUUAAUCAGCAAAGUUACAAUUGAAGAUUUAAAUAGAGUUGGCAAAAAGUACGUAACACCAUUGUUUGAUCCUAAAGCAGCCAAAACAGCGGUAGUUGCUAAUCCAGCUAAACUUAAGGAACUUGCAGCUGAAUUUAAAAAGUUAGAUUUGGAUCUCACUACCUACAGUUCGCUAGAAGAAAGCUUUCUGAAUAAACUCUGAUUAGGUUUUUUUGCACCGAUACAAAAUUAUAAAUACUCGUAGCUUAAGAAUCUAAAAGUGACGUUUCAGGCAGUUUGUUAAUAUAUUUUUAUUAUUGAAAUAAAAAAAUAAUAAAAU